AUGGAAGUGAAUAACAAAAUCAAGUUCAGUUCUAAGUCUACAAAGAACAUUAAGAUUCAUUCUACUUUCGAGAGUAUGAACCUUAAACCUGAACUUUUAAAAGGUAUCUAUGGUUAUGGGUUUGAAUCUCCUUCGGCUAUUCAAAGUAGAGCUAUUAUGCAAAUCAUCAGUGGUAAAGAUACUAUAGCUCAAGCUCAAUCAGGUACUGGGAAAACUGCCACUUUCUCCAUAGGAAUGUUACAAGUUCUAGACAAUUCUAAAGAAUGUCAAGCAUUGAUUUUAUCCCCCACCAGAGAAUUAGCCAUACAGAUUCAAAAUGUUGUCAAGCAUCUUAGUGGAUAUAUGAAUGUUCAAAGUCAUGCAUGUGUUGGAGGAAAGAAUGUAGGUGAAGAUUUGAAAAAGUUACAAAAGGGUCAACAAGUCAUCAGUGGGACUCCUGGAAGAGUUUUGGAUAUACUCAAAAGAAGACAACUUAAUAGUCGAAACAUCAAAAUGUUAAUUCUAGAUGAAGCGGAUGAAUUAUUUUUGAAAGGUUUCAAAGACCAAAUCUAUGAAAUUUAUAAACAUUUAUCUUCAAAUGUUCAGGUAGUCAUCGUUAGUGCUACAUUGUCACGAGAAGUUGUUGAAAUCACAUCUAAAUUUACCACUGAUCCUGUAAAGAUCUUGGUUAAAAGGGAAGAAAUUUCUUUACAGGGAAUCAAACAAUAUUAUAUUCAGUGUGAGCAAGAGGAUUGGAAAUUUGAUACUUUAUGUGAUUUAUAUGAUAAUUUAACUAUUACUCAAGCAGUGAUUUUUUGCAAUACUAAAUUGAAGGUUAAUUGGUUAACUGAACAAAUGAAAAAGGCCAAUUUCACUGUUGUAUCAAUGCAUGGUGAUAUGAAACAAGAUGAAAGAGAUGUGGUAAUGAAUGAUUUCAGAUUAGGAAAUUCUCGUGUUUUGAUAUCAACAGAUGUUUGGGCUAGAGGUAUCGAUGUCCAGCAAGUAUCCUUAGUUAUAAAUUAUGAUUUACCUUUGGACAAAGAAAAUUAUAUCCAUAGGAUUGGUAGAUCGGGUCGUUUUGGUAGAAAAGGUGUAGCUAUCAAUUUGAUUACCCGAGACGACAAUGAUGAGUUUAAUGAUUUACAAACCUUUUAUUCGAUAAAAAUUAAAGAAAUGCCGGGGGAUUUGAACGUUAUGUAG